GGAGAGAGCUUGAGCGCAGAGACGAGGCUCCGUCCUGCAGGAAGCAGUGAGUGUGUAUUCUCAGGACGUGCCCGGAGUGGACAAACAUGCACAGUGUGUGUGAGCUCAGCGCAGCCCUGCAGCCAAGAUGAAGGCGGAGAGGGAGGCUUCCUCCAGGCUAACACACACUCCUGCUGUCUUACACACCGUCAGCUUGCUGCUUUUCUCCCUGGCAGGUGGUGUGGAGGGUGUGAACAUCACCAGCCAGUUGCCUGUGGUGCGGGGGGUGCUGGGGGGGUCGGCCCUGCUCUCUGUCAGCUACACCAGCUCCAGCUCCGACCGGCCAGUCAUCAAGUGGCAGCUCAAACGGGACAAGCCCAUCACCGUGGUCCAGUCCAUCGGCACCGACGUCAUCGGCAGCCUGCGGGCGGAGUACCGCGACCGGAUCCAGGUGUUUGAGAACGGGUCGCUGCAGGUACACAACCUACAACAGUCAGACGAGGGGGCAUACGAGGUGGAGAUCUCCAUCACUGAUGACACCUUCACCGGGGAGAAACAUAUCAACCUUACUGUGGACGUGCCGGUGUCCCGGCCGUACGUGCACAUGGUGGCCUCGUCCGUUCUGGAGCUGAGUGAGCUCUUCACCCUCAACUGCUCCCACCAGACCGGCACCAAAGCCUCUUACAGCUGGACCAAGGGCGGCAAGUCACUGGCCAAUGACACGCGUCUGCUUCUGUCACAUGACCAGCGGCUGCUGACCAUCAUGCGGGUGCUGAUGUCCGAUGACGACGUGUACAGCUGCAAUGUGGAGAACCCAAUCAGCACCAUGAGGAGCGCACCUGUGAAACUUACUGUCUACCGUCGCAGUUCGCUAUACAUCAUUCUGUCCACCGGGGGCAUUUUCCUGCUCAUCACCCUGGUGACUGUGUGUGCCUGCUGGAAGCCUUCCAAAAAAAAGAAGAAGCAGAGGAGGCUAAGACAGGCUGCUGAAGAGAGGAUCAGUAAUCACGAAGUGGACGUAGUGCCCAGGAGGAGUGAGAGGCGGAAGCCCAUGGCCCUGUACGUCCUCAACGAGUCGGAGUAUGCUGAGGACGAGCUGGACACCAGCUGUGGCGUUCACCCCUGCGACCCCUCCAGUCUCCCUGGUUACCACGGCACCCUCUCUUCCACCUCUCAGGUUCCCGACUCCUUGCCCCAGUCCACCAGGAAGUACCCCCGCACCCCUGUGCCCUCUCCCUCCCCUCCCCCCCACAGCAACCCCCCCUCUGCUCCCGGCUCGCCCCCCCAGCUCAGAGGAACGGGGCACAAGUUGCGCUCCCCUGUGGUUACCCCCCCGCCCCCUAACACCGAGGAGCCCCCCCUUACUACCCAGGACACAACCACCCAUAACCACCUAUGAGCAGGAGUAUGCAACUCACACAUACAUAUAAACACAUACAUACACCUACACAUACACACAGACACAUACAUAAAAACUGGGGUCAAAUUUAGCACCUGCCUAUGGCAAGCCAUUUUAACAUUUACCCGCUAAGUUUGACAAACCGGAAUUAACAUUGUAGAUAUCAACAACGUCUUUCUGACUAGUCGCAAUUACAUUUUGGAUAGUUGGAAUUGUCAUUCAAGAUAUCUGUAACGUAACUGUGACUAGUCGAAACGUCAGAUAGAGAUAUCUGUAAUUUAGUUUUGACUAGGCAAAACUGAAUUACAGAUAUCUGUCAUCACGUCAUUGAAAACAACAUUCAACUCGUCACACAUCUUAAAUGACAAUUGCAGAUAUCUUUAAUUCAGUUUUGACUAGGCAGAAUGAAAGGUAAAGAUAUCUCAAACGUCAUUAUGACUAGUGCAAAUUAUUGUGCAAGACGUUGCUCUUUAGAUCCGUAGCAGAGCCCGUCUACUUAUUAGACAUUCUCUGUCCGUAGGCUAAUUUCCCCUCCCCAACAUAAUCGAAGAAGAAGUGGGCUUAUUUCCUUAUUUCUAUGCAUGGAAGAAGAAGAAGCAGUCAUGGCUGUAAUGUCUUGUUGACAUCUAAAAUAACUAAAACUCAGGGACACCGUGUGGUUUAUUAGACUCUCAUGUUAUCAACUGGCUUGAUCUCUGUUUCGUAGCCUACUAUGCUACUAAAUGCACCAGCACCAUCUACAGGAAACUCCAUUCAUAAUGGUGUUGGCUGUAAUCGAAAAAAUCAAAGCAACAUUGAAUCAUCAAUUCUUGCUGCCAGCUCCCGUCUUGCAUAGACUGCAGCAUUAAAAAGACAAUUAAAAACUCCUUCGCCCUCUGGCUGCUCUCAUAUGGUGCUAAUUAGUGCUAAUUACAAAGUAAACAGUUAACAGGUGCUAUGUGAUUUGAUGAUUUGAACAACAACACGCUCUGCUCCCGCCUAAAGUGGGAUCCGUGCCUAAUUUGCAUAGUAAUACAGAUAUCUCUAACGUCAUUUCGCCUAGUCAAAACUCUAAUUUAAGAUAUCUAUAAUUACAUUUUGACUAGGCAGAAUGAAAGUUAUAGCUAUCUCCAAUUUCAGAUAUCUCUAAUCAAAACUCAUUCAAGAUAUCUAUAACUUGAUAAUAGAUAUCUACAAUCAAAUUAUGACUAUCCCUAACUCCAGUUUGAGAUAUCUACAACGUCAUUUUGACUAUUCAUAAUUCCAUUUACAGAUAUCUACAAUGUCAUUUCGCCUAGUCAAAACUUAAUUCAAGAUAUCUGAAUAGGAACAUGUAGAUAUCUUGAAUUGAGGAGAAUUAAAGAUAUCUUCAACUGGAGUUAUGACUUGUCAGAAUCAAAUUGUAGAUAUCUCUAACUGGAAUUACAGAUAUCUACAAUUCAAUUGCAGAUAUCCGUAAUUCACAUAGUGGAUAUCUGCAACUGAAUUGUAGAUAUCCGUAAUGAUAAACCCCAUAGAAAUUAAUGGCAAAUGUGAUGUCAUUUGUCCUAGGAAGAAUGUCUUUGUGGAUAUCUGAAAUGACAAUUAUGGAUAGGAAGAAUUCAAUUGCGGAUAUCUAAAAUGUUUGUUUUGACUAGGCAAAACUGAAUUACAGAUAUCUGCAAUACAUAUCCAGUCUAGCGGGUAAAUGUUAAAAUGGCUUGCCAUACCUGCCAAGCGCAUGGCUGGAGAAUAAUAGCAGCUCCUCCGGCACUUUGGCGUGUGAAAUACAUCUGUUCAUCUAGCGGUAUCGCUAUGCUUUGAUUUUUGCUGCUACCCUUAAGAAGCUGCCACUAUGCUUUGUGAGUGAACUACCCCUCCGCCUAUUUCAGUGUUGUACCACAGACUGUGAAAACCUAAACCUAGCAAGAUUUAUGAAUAUGUGUCGACUACGCAGCCUAACUUUAAAGGUGCAGUCAGGGAUUUUACGCAAUUUCAAGCCCAUAAUAUUUUUUUUGUCACAUUCAGCAAUCAUCGCCUUACGACCGCUGGCUGCCCAUUCCGUGAGUAUAAGUAUAUAUACUCUUUUGAUCCCGUGAGGGAAAUUUGGUCUCUGCAUUUAUCCCAAUCCGUGAAUUA